CGCCCCGCGCGCGCACGCGGCCGGCUCGCUGCCGGAAGAGGCCGUUCGGGUUGCGGAACCGGCGUGUGGCGAAGCAUGGCGGGGCCGCGGGGUGCGCGGCCGGGAAAGCGGCCCGCGGAGCCGGAGCCGGAGCCGGAGCCGGAGUCCGAGGAGGUCUCUCUCCUCUGCCCACCUGUUCCCAGCCACAGCGAGGCCAGCGACUCGGGCCCCUCCGACAGCGAGGAGAGUGUGUUCUCAGGCCUUGAAGAUUCCGGCAGCGACAGUAGUGAGGAUGGCGAUGAGGGAGACGCCGGCGCCAGCAGCUGCGAGGGCCACUGCAGGGCGGAGAGGACCAGCGAGGUGCGGUUGGAGGCUGGACCCCCUUCCCCGAGGACGGCAGUGGCCGGGAGACCCCAGUGUGAGGACGAGUACCUGGAGGACAGCUCGGACGAGGAGGACAUCCGGAACACGGUGGGCAACGUGCCGCUGGAAUGGUACGCGGACUUCCCGCACGUCGGCUACAACCUGGAUGGCAGGCGCAUCUACAAGCCCGUGCGCAGCCGGGACGAGCUCGACCAGUUCCUAGAUAAGAUGGACGACCCUGACUACUGGCGCACAGUGCAGGACCGGAUGACUGGACGGGACGUGCGGCUGACCGACGAGCAGGUGGCCCUGGUGCGGAGACUGCAGAGAGGCCAGUUUGGGGACGUGAACUUUGACCCUUAUGAGCCCACCGUGGACUUCUUCAGCGGGGACCCCAUGGUGCACCCAGUGACCGGCCGCCCGGCAGACAAGCGCAGCUUCAUCCCAUCGCUGCUAGAGAAGGAGAAGGUGUCCCGGCUCGUGCACGCCAUCAAGAUGGGCUGGAUCCAGCCUCGCCGGCCCCGGGACCCUGCCCCCAGCUACUAUGACCUGUGGGCCCAGGAGGACCCCAACGCCGUCCUGGGGCGCCACAAGAUGCACGUCCCUGCACCCAAGCUGGCCUUGCCCGGCCACGCCGAGUCGUACAACCCCCCUCCUGAGUACCUACCCAGCGAGGAGGAGCGCCUGGCGUGGGAGCAGCAGGAGCCCAGCGAGAGGAAGCUCAGCUUCCUGCCUCGGAAGUUCCCCAGCCUGCGGGCAGUGCCCGCCUACGGCCCUUUCAUCCAGGAGCGCUUUGAGCGCUGCCUUGAUCUCUACCUGUGCCCGCGGCAGCGCAAGAUGCGGGUGAACGUGGACCCCGAGGACCUCAUCCCCAAGCUGCCGCGCCCUCGGGACCUGCAGCCCUUCCCCACGUGCCAGGCCCUGGUCUACAGGGGCCACAGCGACCUGGUGCGCAGCCUCAGCAUCUCUCCGGGGGGCCAGUGGCUGGCUUCAGGCUCCGAUGACGGCUCAGUGCGGCUCUGGGAGGUGGCCACUGCCCGCUGCCUGAGGACGGUGCCCGUGGGGGCUGUGGUGAGGAGCAUCGCCUGGAACCCCAACCCCGCUGUCUGCCUGGUGGCCGUGGCCGUGGAGGACGCGGUGCUGCUGCUGAACCCGGGCCUGGGGGACCGGCUGGUGCUGGGCAGCACUGACCAGCUGCUGGGGGCCUUCAUUCCACCUGCGGAGCCACUGCUGCAGCCAGCCCAGUGGCAGGAGGCCUCGGAGGAGGAGCGGCAGGGGGGCCUGCGGCUGCGUGUCUGCCACGGCAAGCCCGUGGCCCAGGUGGCCUGGCAUGGGCGUGGGGACUACCUGGCUGUGGUGCUGGCGGUGCAGGGCCACACGCAGGUGCUGAUCCACCAGCUGAGCCGGCGCCGCAGCCAGAGCCCGUUCCGCCGCAGCCACGGGCAGGUGCAGUGCGUGGCCUUCCACCCCAGCCGGCCCUUCCUGCUCGUGGCCACGCAGCGCAGCAUCCGCCUCUACCACCUGCUGCGCCAGGAGCUCACCAAGAAGCUGGCGCCCAAUUGCAAGUGGGUGUCCAGCCUGGCUGUGCACCCCGCAGGCGACAACGUCAUCUGCGGCAGCUACGACAGCAAGCUGGCGUGGUUUGACCUCGACCUUUCCGCCCGGCCCUACCGAGUGCUGAGGCACCACAGGAAGGCCCUGCGGGCCGUGGCAUUCCACCCCCACUACCCACUCUUUGCAUCUGGCUCUGACGACGGCAGCGUCAUCGUCUGCCACGGCACAGUGUACAGCGACCUGCUGCAGAACCCGCUGCUGGUGCCACUGAAGGUGCUGAAGGGACACGCGCUGACCCGCGGCCUGGGUGUGCUGGACGUGGCCUUCCACCCGAGCCAGCCCUGGCUGCUCUCUGCGGGUGCCGACGGCACACUCCGCCUCUUCACCUAGGCGCUGCCGGGGGUCCCGGGGUGGGGGUCCCGGGUGGUCGCCCCCAUGCUCCGGACUUCAAUAGAGGCUCUGUUGUUGUU